GCUGCGGGGAGUUUGAAUAAUGUAUUGCAAAAUUAACCAAAAUGUAUCAAACUGGAAUAUUUCUUUCUCUACAUACUUUCAUGAAAUUUAUAAGUGAAUACCUUUCCGAAACAGGUAAAUACACAAUAUUUCAGACAAAAGAGUACUGUCAUUUCGAGCUUUUCGACUUAAAUUUUUACUUUGACAUCAAUAAAAUAUCCAUAGGCGACUCAAAAUUAUUACGGAUCUUAUACUUUUACAACAAACUCUUCGUUUAACAAAAUCAUUCCUGCAACGCUUAUAAUAAAGCAGUCUUUUGGGUUGAACGAAUGCGUGCCGUGAUUGAUGGGACAAAAAUUGCAGAAAAGUGGUCUUGUAUAUUUAGUCGCAUAUAAUGAAUGGAGACGUUUCCGAAACAAGAGUAACCGUUGCCACUAUUUCAUGAUCUUUUUACCGCGAGUGAAGAUAAAAUGCAUGGUUAUAAGUAUCGAGAAGUUAGCACUGACAUCGAAGAACUUCUCGAUACUAUUUUUAUUUAAUGAGCCCAUCAGUAUUGACUUUAUUUUUUUUUUCGCGGACAAUUCUAGCUUAAGCGGAAUUUAAGUUAGUAUUGAGUUACUGUUCUUUUAUAUAUCAUUGAUAUUCCUUAUUUCACGCUUGGAGUAAACUAUUCAACAGAAGUCUGUACUUUAAGACUUGUGCGUUUUCUUUACAAAACAAAAUUUCACCGCUGCUACCAGUAUUUUCAGCAAAUGAGAAUCGGGACCAAUCAAAACGUUCAUUUACAUAGAAAAAUAAUUGUCGUAGCUAGGUAGAACCGAAUUCCUUUAAAACGUUUUUAUUCUUUUGUUGUUUCAACUGAAUUCGCAUAUAUUCAUUACUUGUUAUUCUUUAAAUCUGCCAACUUAACUACACCGUGAAACCAUGCAUUCUAAUUAAUAUUCGCCUAUCUGUUUUGAAUAAUUGAUAAUUAAUAAUUGAUGAUUGCAGCAAACCAGAAGAGCUUUGUCAUGUUUAGUUUAUUUGAAAUAUAACUGUAAAGUAACAGUAGGUAGCAGUCUGAUAAUUCUUGACUGUUUUCUUUGCGCGUUGAUAGAAAAGUAUUUGAUUAAGUCAAAGAGAAGUAUGAUUGUUCUUCUGAAAAUAGUGCUUUUUCUAGUGUACAUUAGACCGGUUUAUCUUAUGGAUAAGAAACAUCUUUCAAAAAUGUUAGCAGUUGAAAAUGGGGAUAGGAAUAUUUUCAUAUUUGAAACAGUCUUAGGCUAUGGAUUGAAUCACUGUGUAGGAAGUUGCAAGGCGAAGAAAAUGUGUGAAUAUAUAAAUUUCAAUGUAAAAGCAGACAUGUGCUCCUUGAUUGGUACCCAAGAUAAGGCCACAUCUAUCGAAACUUUUAUUGAAGAGCGAAAAGGUUUCAUAUUUGGGCAGAAAGCUGACUGGAAUAUGGGGGAGUUCGAGAUAUGUAACAAUUGUGAAGCACGUGGUGAAUGCAAACCUGGUCAGGAUGAAUAUGCUAAAUGUCAACACUCAGGAUGUGGUCCCCCAGACGGAAAAGAACACGCUUUGAUACGUGGUAACAUGUUUACGGUUGGCGAUAAAGCCGAGUACAAGUGCUCUGCCGGAUACAAGGACGCUUUUGGAGCAUCUGGCAGUCAAACAACGUGUCAACAGUCUGGUGUAUGGACUCCUGUAGACAUUCAAUGUGUCCCAGAGGACAUUUCAGAGGACGCAACUGAAAUUGUUAACAAUUCAGUGUAUCUCCUCGACAAAAAUGAGAAAAGCUGGGAUGAUGGCAAAGAAUACUGCAAAAGUAUUGGUGGAGAUCUAGCUGUCGUGAACACAAAUGUUUCUUAUGAUGCUGUCAAAAAUCUCACUGACUUAAAUGAUGCAACUGUCACAUGGCUUGGAGCAAAUGAUAGGGAGAAUGAAGGCGUCUGGAUAUGGAGUGAUGGUAAACGAGUUAACGAUGGAUUCAAAAAAUGGCAUCUUCCGAAUCCCGACAAUGCCGGCGCCGGAAGAGGGGAAGAUUGCCUAAGCAUGCUGCGCAGACGUGAAUGGAACGAUGCAGAAUGUCAUAUGUUAUAUUGGAGUAUCUGUGAGAUCAAGAUUAUAAAAUGAUAUUAAUUUCUUUUAAACGCUUUGUUUAACUAAACUUGUCUUUCACAUUUUCUGUAUUAUUUACUUUGUAUGAAUUUACAAAUUUUGAAAUAUAAAUUAUUAUAUUUUCUAAAUUGUAUAACUGCAGUCUUAAUAAUUGCAUAUGAAAUGGUAUUACGUAUUGAGUUUUGUUAUUCUGCUAUACUUAAGGAAUUUCUUGAUAAUGUAUUAAAAUGAGGACUAUUGAUAAUUAGGUAUUGUCUCAAAUUAGUUUAGUAUCACAUUAAAGCUGCAUGCCUCCAGAUGAGCCAAGAAGUUUUAAGAAACUCAAACUUGGGAAAUGUGUACUAACAUCUUAGUAAUGGCGGAUUUUGAAAUCUUUAUCAACAUAUUCUCACUAAAGUGACUUACUCUGUAACGACUAUUUUGCAUAUUUUGGCCUUUUUUGUAUUUUAUAUAGAUUGUAAAUGUCGUUUACAAUGUUUAAAUUACUUUAUUUGUUCAUUUCACAAUAUUUUACUUUUAAUACAUUUUCAAAAUUGUCAUUAAAUUGAUAAAAAAAACGUCAUUUUUUUCUGAAGAAGACUUGAACGUCGGAAGCUAAAGAAAAGCGUUUGUUUUCAUUGAACUGAUUAUACAUUAAAUUGAUGCAAACUUUGAGGCAAACAUCUUUAACAAUUAACAUUUCUUUUUAAAAAACAACGUUAUAAACGAGUUUAUUGUGAAAAGUGUUACUAUUUAGUAUGUUUUUAAAUUAGAAAAGCUUGAAUUCAUAAAUAUUGUGUUGUCGCUAUUAUCAAGAAUCCAUAAACAACAGAGACAUCCCACAAAAAAUAUUCCAUUUGCCAUGUUUAUAAUUUGUAUUUCUGAAAACAGAUUUCGAUUUUUUUAAUUCUUAAACUCCAUAUUGAUUUGCGUAUACACAAAAUGGUAUGCAGAUUUAUAUUUAUUCUUUCAGUUUGAUAUUUUUUUAAGCCGUCUUGGAAAACACAGCAAAGAAGGGACAAAAUAGUAUUAUACCCUGUUUAUUUUAAGAAAUCAUGCAAAAAUGAGUUUUACGGUACAAAUUAAAACAGCUAUAAUACAUAUUAAAUCGGCCAUAUAUUAAAUCUGAUUAAAUAAUGAUGCAGAUUAACACAUUUAUUUAAUAUUGUAUUUCAAUGAUAUUUGUUUUACUAUGUUACAGUUUUCUUUACAGUCUCUUACAAUGAUAUUUCUAUAUUACUGUGAUAUUUCUUUAGAAAAAUAUAUACGCUGCGUUACUAUGAUAUUUCAAUAGCUGAUGUUCACAAGUUAAAUGUAUUUCAUUGUUACAUGCAAAAAAAAAUCUGUUAAUUUCAUGCUUUUUUUACUGAUUUUUAGUCAGUUUAAAUUCUUUUGCCGCGUAACGUUAGACGUUCUUCUUCAUGAUGACGUCAUCAUCAUGGCGUCACUUUUCCAAUCAGUAAAAGUUCUCGAAUUGUGUUACAUUUUCAAUACAAUGUAUGCAGUUAUUUACUUGCUGUUCAUAACGAAGCAAAAAUUUACAUACGACGAAAUUUAUUCCUGUUGAUAAUUCUGUUUAGUUAUGAAAUAUUUUUUUCAUCCCCAUUCAAGUAUAGUCCGGCUACAGUGAAAAUUAUCAAUAUGAUUUCACUGUGAAAAAAAUUAGAUCUAAAUAUGAUUGCACUUAAAUCGACUGCAAUUAUAUUACUGUAACAAUGUGUUACAAUGGCGUUCCCUUAACAUUGUGUUACAAUUUAUAUAAUAAUGUGUUAGGCUAAUAUGUCUUUAACCCUGCACAUGUGUGCAUGAUGUUUCUUAAAAACCAUUCUACAAUUAUAAUAUUUUAGCUGUUUUACUGUGAUAUUUCUCGAAAACUGUGUAACAAUUAUUUUUCUUUAAUGUGUUUUUGUGGUAUUUCCUCAACACUGUGUUGUCUGAUUUUAUUGACCUCAUUAUAGCACUCAUUUAAAUAUUCGGCCCCACUUCGGUUUGGUCCGUGUAGUUUACGAGAAUUAAUAUAGAGUACAUAGUAUAUUAGUCAUGUGUUGAAAGUCACACCAGUUUAAUAUGAAGGUAUUCGUUACAUUGACAAUAGCACAGUCGGUUAAGUGAAUGCCUGAUAAUUGAGACGUCAGUUGUUCGAUCACUACUACUGCCAUAUUGUUUUAGACCUCUUUUUUUAUUUUUGCAAUAACUUAUAAUGGAUUCGCUUUGUAUUGUAUUUGUAUUGUAUUUCGUUUUACGGCAUUAAAAUUACAUUUAUUGAGUUUAAUCCAAAUGAAUUUGAAACAUUAAUUCUUAAACUAUGUUCUGUAAAAAAAAAGAGUAUAAACUUUGCAAGUUAAGAAAUAAUAUCGGUGUUUAUCGGCUAUUUAACACCAAUCUCCUACGCAGUGAUCUCCCUUUAUCAGUACAUCUAAGUAUGGAUUGGCGCCGUUUUGAAAAAUAUUUAUUAACUGAUAUGGUUCAAAUAUGUGGCGAAAAAUUUAAAAAUGAUGCUCCGUACGUAUACUAGCAUUUAGUCUUCGUUGACGGGGCAGAAGGGAACCGGGACAACUUUGAUCAAUAUCAUUUGUCGAAGCGAAUCAUUAAAUUACAAGUCACAAAGCCUAAACCACGCCCAUUAUCAGAGAGGCAGUUCUUCCGCAACCGUCGGCCAGUAAGGGGAGAUCACUGAAGAACAGUUUGUUCUCAAAAUUAGUCGAACAUUAUGCAAUUCGUACCAAUAUUUAGAUGUAUUUAUUCCCGGCACAUAUUGUCUUGAAUUCAUUUUAAGUAUACCAAUCAUUUCAGUUUUACUUGUUAUCCAAUUUAUUUUGCUUAGAUCUUUGGCGCAACAGAAAAACAUUUUAGAAUUUCACACACGGCAUUACUUUGUGAAUUUAUGCAUUAGGUUCUACUUGUUCACAAAAAUAUGCAACUUUAUUAUUAAACAACGAGCGCAUACCAAGACCAUGGAGAAAAAAUUGAUUUGUGCUUCGGAUAUUCAACUGUAAUAGAGAACGAUUUUCAAUGCUGAUUGACUGUUCACAUCAUUUGGCGGCGUCUUUGAUGUGCAGCAUCAACAUUUAACUUGUUUAACAAUGUGUUAUAAUGAUUUUAUUAACACUGUGUUACUAUGAUAUUUCCUUAACAUUGUGUGACAAUUAUAUUCUAUUUUAAGAAUGUGUAACGUAUGAUAUUUCUUUAAAACUGUGUUACAAUGAUUUGUCGAUAACACUAUGUUACAAUGGUAUUUCUAAAAACUGUGUUAACUUUUCUUAGAUUUACCCUUGUCCGUCCGUCCAUCCAUCCGUCCGUUCUGAUUUUGUGUCGCAGGUAGCUCAAAAAGUAUUUGACCUGUAGGCCUGAAACUUUUCAAGAAUGUGGGUCAGCAUGUGUACUUACGCACUCUGGGGUUUGCUUGUGAAUUUAUUCAGUAUUUGUAAAGUGCUUGCCCUUUACUAAGUAAAUGAGUUUUAGUUUUCAACUUGUGGCACAUGUAGCCCAAAACAAAAAUGACAUAGAGUCAUAAGAUUUACAAAACAGUUGCCACAGUGUGGGGGCAACCCUGUCCUAGACACAUUUCUAGUAUUUUAGUUUUCAAUUUUGAUAAGGAUGUUUACUUUUGUUGCUUAUAUUGAUGGCCAGAUAAAGCUCCUGAUGCAAAUGUUGUAGACGCUAACAUUUUUGAAGUCCUAUAACAAGAUGUUUAAAUUAUCGGGUCGAGUAUAUAUUGAUUGGUGAUUGGAACUGUCGUAUUGGUAAUAAACCUGGCUAUGUAGUUUGUUUCAAAAAUAUUAGAAACUAUGAUCCGGACUUUGGUUGUAUUUGUAGAUGUGUUUGUGUGUGCGUGCAUGCGUGUGUAUGUUUUUUUAGUAUGUAUAUAUGCAUGUAUGAAUGUAUGUACGUACGUAAGAUUUUAAAUGUUAAAUUGCUGUAUCAGAUGUAUGUAAGUGACGGUCACAUAUAUAAAUGACCUUCUGGUGUUUUUAAAAUAAAAUCUUGAAAUCUUUGUGUUAAACAUUCCGACUCUUAUUCUGAUUUUUUUUCAAUAUUUCAAUUGGAUUGAGACAAGGCCUUAUUCAUUCGCUGGUAGAUUUUGCCCCUUUUCUUGAAGACUUGGAACUUUUCCUGCAAGGAUCCGAUAAAUCAGGUUUAUUUUUUAUGAUAUGUGUCUUAUCAUACAGCUAUAUGCGGAAGAUAUGGCAAUUGUUUGAGAUUCUGUUGAAGAUUUAAAGGCCAAUUAAGAUAAAGUACUGCAAGUACAGAAGUCUACAAAUUAAUACAUCUAAGACUAAGAUAGUGGUGUUUCGUCGUAGGAGAGGGCUAAAAUGUAAUGAGCGCUGAAAAUAAAUGACGAGCCUCUAGAAAUAGUAAAUGACUUUAACUACAUGGGUGUGGUGUUUAAUUAUACCGCCCAAUUCGUUUUUAAAAAACCAGUACAUAGUCGGAAAAGCCUUAAAAGCCUCAAAAUACUAUCAAAUAAUUAAAAAAAAAAAUGAACUGAACCCUUUGAUAUCGCUUCAAUUAUUCAAUGCUUUUCUGGGCUCUAUCUUAAAUUAUGCCUGUCCGGUUUGGGGUUUUACUAAGUAUAAUGGGAUAGAACGUGUACACCUCAAAUAUUGUAAAACGAUAUUAGGUGUAAAAUACAAAUAACGUGUCGGUCAAUGGGGAAUUAGGGAGGUAUCCGUUAUCCGUUUUGCACAUGCGUUAAAUAUGUCGGUUUUUUAAAUUCACGGAGUGAAAAAUUAAAAUAAAACUUGAUUAUUUUUAUAAUAAAUGAAUAUAUAUCUUAUCUAAAGUUAUAGUAUAAUGAGGAUUUUAAUAUCUGGAUAUUAACGAUAGAAUAAAAUGGACGAAUUCAAAGUGUAUACAGUGUUUUUGGUGUGUUUUUGAUGGGACGAAUGAAACGGAGUAAGAUUUCACCCCAAGACACCGCCCCAGACCCAAAAUGAUUGUCUAUUGCGGCUAAUCCGAUAACUUCGGUGCAAACCCCGGUAUCACAUAUACAGUAUGGACAAUAUCAACCAAAUAAUUCAGGUUGUUGUACACCACAGGCAAGUCAAAAUUUAGCUUCAACUGGUGGUUCAUAUAUGCAAGCUUUGAAUCAAGGGUCGCAUACUUUGACUCAACAACCGUUACAAUGUCUAUCUAACCAAAUAACAAGUGACCAGUUCUCAGCUCUUCUUCAAAGGCUUGAUAGCAUAGAUAAACGUCUGUUACAAUUAGACAAAAUACAAAGUACCGUUGAUAAUAUUACUGUCAAUUUUUAUAAGGUAGAUUAACGAGUAAGUGAAGUGGAAAUAAACUAUUAGAAUAAGAGAAAAGUAGAGACUAUGGUUCCAAAUGCUAAGAUGAUGUUAAUAAUAAACAAAAGGAGAUAGACUCAAUGAUAAAACAAAUAAAAAGUAUGGAGAAGGAACAAAGCGAGAAAGAGGCCGAAUGGAAAGCAGAACACACUGAUCUCAGCGGUGAAUUAUACAGGGAAAGCAAAAGUGGCGCUACUCAUAUUUAGGAAAAUAGUGGUAGUGAAAUAAAGUGUUUAUUUUGAAAUAUCGAGGUAUUAACCCAACAGAAAAUAACACGCCUCGAUUUUAUAAAAUUCAUUGAUAAGUAUUGAACACACAUUGACGAAAGUCAGGCUCCAAUUCUUACUUACUUGCCCAACAUUCCUUAUCAUCUGGAUGAUCUCACCAUAUCACCAGAUGAAGUGCAAUUGGUAAUGAAAUCUCUUCUUUUCGGAAAGGCCGCUGGUCCUGAUGAUAUUAACAAUCUAAUCCUUCGUGAACUCUCACAUGAACUCAGUGGUUCUCUAAGUUCUCUAUUUAACUAUUCCAUUCAGGUUUCUCAAGUUCCAAACAUAUGGAAAGAAGCAAAUGUUUCACCUCUUUUCAAAUCGGGUAAUCCUUCUCUUGUUAAUAAUUACCGACCAAUAUCUCUCAUAAGUACUGUCAACAAAGUCUUUGAAAGAAUCGUAUAUAAACACAAAUUUAAUUUUCUGCGUGAUAAUAAUAUCAUUACAUCUCGUCAAUCUGGUUUUGUUCCCGGAGACUCCACUGUCAACCAAUUAACAUAUUUAUAUAAUCUGUUUGCACAGGCCAUUGAUUCUGGUAAAGAAGUCAGGGCUGUGUUUUGUGACAUCAGUAAAGCGUUUGAUCGGGUCUGGCACAAGGGACUUAUUUAUAAAUUAAACUGUAUCUGUAUUUCUGGCCGCCUUUCCUCUUGGUUUUCUUCUUAUCUUAAGGACAGAAGACAAAGAGUUAUUUUACCAGGUUGUAGAUCUUCUCAUAACUUUAUUGCCGCUGGUGUGCCACAAGGGUAAAUUCUUGGGACUUUGUUGUUUCUUGUUUAUAUUAACGAUAUUGUUAUCGACAUCAAUGCCAAUAUAAAAUAGAGUAAAGCAGAAACCCUAAAGAAAGCCCAACACAACAACAUUGAAAAUGUUGCAGGCUCGGUUUGAUUGAGCCUGUUCAGGGACGGAACUGGAAAGUACAAGUUACCGUCCACGACCCCUAGCACCAGCUUAAGCAC